AUGUCAUGGGCAAUAGCUGGCAAUGAGGUCAUUCCCAGCAACCUCACCUCUUACAUACUUUCUGCCAUGCAAAACCUCGAUGUCGCUCUCACCGCCACCAACCUCAAGAUCAACAUCUCCACCGCCAUCGCCAUAGGAGUCCUUGGCGUGUCAUUCCUAGCUUGCCAAGUUGCAUUCUCUGACACAUCGUCCGCAGACAUCGUCGGCACUGCAAGAUUCUUGGUGUGGAAGAGGACACCACUCCUCCUUUUCGAUGCGAUGGUUGAUGCGCAGGUCGGUCAUCCAGAUGUCAGUGUGGUGGUGUUAGAGAUUGGGUGGCCAUCCACAGGUGGUGCAGUCGGGGUGAUGGGGGAAAAUGCGAUGAUGUAUCACAACAAGGUGGUGGCGCAUGUGACCAGCAGCACAGGGACACCUAAGAGACCGGGGAUGGCAAUCGAGACUUAUUUAUUUGCCUUGUUUAAUGAGAACUUGAAGCCUGCUAUAGUCGAUCAAAACUAUAUUGGUUGUAUUACCUGA